AGCAGUAGAAUGAGGCUGUCCAAUCAGCUGUCUGGAUUCCUAUCAAAAUAGCUUCUUAAACGUCCAAAACGCAAGCCUCGUCCUGCAGAUGCCAGCAAAAGACCUACCUCAAAGUGAGCACAAAAACCAACAAACAAGUAAAGUUAGAAUCACUCCGAUUUGUUACAAACUGUAAAAUAGGAAUGAAGGUGCGGGCCAUUGGUUUGUAGCUCACAGAGAGCACAUGGAGCAAAGAAACAGAAACAUAAGAAGGACCAAGAACAAUAGGCCGGACCAUUCUACGGGGUCGGACUUUGCUACACCAGCUGCUGGCAACACACUGGAUGGCUCCUUACUGAGUCGAUUACAUGGCGUGGAAAACCCAUCUGACCUUUGCUCCAUAGACAUCAGUGAGCAGAGAUUGACUUCGGUCAAGAAUGAGGACUUCAAGGAGUUUGACAGUAUUGUGUACAUCAACGCUUCAGACAACUCUCUUUCCAUCGAGUCUUUCAGGAGUUUUGGACUCUUGAGAGAGCUCGAUCUAUCUUUGAAUGGAUGCUGCGAUAUGAGCUUCCACCCUGAAGACUUUCCACACCUGGAGGUCUUAGACUUGUCCUUCAACAACGUGUCCGAGGCCGACAUUGUUUGCAUCGGGCAUCUGGCAGGCCUGAAAGUCCUGCGUCUGACAGGAAACAGACUGCACCAACUUCCUGCCAAUAUGGCUGGUUCAAACCCUCCCCCGACCCUCAGUGGUUCCAGCAGCGAAGAGAAGCCCCCGUUUGGCUCACUGGAGGUGCUGUCGCUGGACGACAACCAGCUGACGUCCAACGUCUUCCACAGCCUCUCCAGCCUCACACGGCUGCAGCAUUUAAACCUCCAGAGUAACAACAUCUCUGAGGUACCUUUCAUGCUGCCCGAUGGAGAUGGAGCCCACACUGGGUCAAAUCAAGGUCAUUUCUGGGGAAUAUUACAGCCUAGCGUUGGUGCAGUGGAGUCCAGUCUACCACUACCACAACUCCAGUUCCUCAGCUUGGCUCACAACAAGAUUGCAGAGGAAGAAGCUCUUCUGUCUGCUGCUCUGUUUCCAAGCCUUACCGAGCUAGUCAUCCACAACAACCCUCUCACCACACAGAGAACUGGCGACCCCCCUCUGCUGACGUACCUGUUGAGCGUGAGACGGGGGGUCAGAGUGAAGCGCUCCGACCGAGCGGAGGUCAGAAAACCCUCUGUGAUGCUGCCUGACAGGUUUAAACACAAGAUUAGAAGUGAAGGAAGAAUGGCAAAAAGGCCAUGGUUAACAGAGCAAAGCCAUUACUCUCCACAAGAGAGGGAGAGACAGGGCUUCCCCAAGGACCCAAGCUCUUUGCAGGCCAAGGAGAGGGAGAAGAACGACAUGGGAGAUGGGGUAACAGACCGUCCAGAUGAAACCAAACAUCCGGAAGAAUCUUUCUUUGUUACAAAGGCAGCGUCUCAGACGACGGGCCGAUCCACAAGCAGGUGGACAGAGAAGAGGUGUCCCUCCUGAGUGGGACGUGGGGCAAAGACAAGACCCUCCGCGGCCAGACGGGGGAGGUCAGCACGUGCAUCGAGAAGGAAUAACCACUUCACUUUUAUCGAAUGUAUAACUGAGCCUAUAUUAAGAACACUAUAUUUAUUGAGUACAACAAUUCUUCCUGUAUUGGAUAGAGAUUAAUGCUCAACGAUUAUUGAAUGGAAUAGUACUCAGCAUUGGGGCGUUGUACAUCGUGAUGUCACAUCACAAUAAGCACCUACAUUUUCACCGUACUACAACCCUCUUCAUUCCUCUCAAUGGGACAAAGUUUCUUGAACAAAAAUCCAAUGAUGCAUUCCGAUGUAAAAUCCCUGUAGACUAUAAAGCCCAUUCUCCAGUCUUAGUGUGUGUUUACUCUUUCUGUGCUGCAUUUCCAGCGAAUCCAUAAGCUAUCGUUUUUUUCCAUCUGAAAUUAGAAAAGGAAACGUACACUUCAACCCAGUGUUCAACGGCAGGCAUCCCUGUCUAUUAGCACAACACAAGUAAUGACGUGUUUUCAUUCAUUGACAACCAAAUAACACAUCAUUAUGGGCAUGUUUCACCCAUGUGUUGCAGGUCCGCAAACCUCCAUUGCCAACUACUCUUUUGCUGUGGCUUUAUGUCAUGCCCUUGUCAUAAAGCAGACCGAACUACCCAAUAAAAACAUGUUCCAUGAAGUCGUUUGAGUGCAAACCUCUAACUCUGUGGUCUCGCCUGUCUAAUUAAGCAAGGAAGCCUUUCCUAUUGACACCUCUGGUUUCCACGCAGUGUUCCCGCCCUGGCCUUUGACUUCACGGCUCUCGU